UAUUACUUACAUGUUAUUAUUAAAUACAAGAAAGUAUUUUCUAAAUAAUUAAUAAACCUGCUGUUUUAUUUUAAUGCGAAUUUUUAAAAGGUUAAAGCACAGAAUGGAUCGUACGAGUAUCGGAAACGUCGUUAGGAAGAAGUGUGACGUCCCAAGAAAACGCAUGUCAAUAGUUCAAUCUUUAAAGAAAAAUAAUUCAACAGUAAGCGUAUCUGGACGCUCAAACCAGUCUGUCCAAGUGAUAUGUAAAACUGCUAAUCACGUAGUGGAAAGUUUUGGUUCUUCUUUACCUGUACUUGUUACAGAAGCUCUUAGAUUUGUAGAGAAAAAUACCGCUGUUAGCGUUAAUAUUUCGACCGAUGGUUGGGCUUGGCUUGUAUGUGGACGUAGGUUACUUGUAUGGCAAUGUAAAACCACAAUUCAUGAUCCAAAGCAACGAAGAACUUUUAAAACUCAGUGUCGUGAAUUAUUGUUGCCCCAAAGUGAUUUAGCUCACAAGCAGAAUGCUAGUUGUUGGUUCCAGCAGGAUCACCAGGUACCUAGUUGCAUGGCUGUUUCUCCUGAGGGCAUUGUACUUUGGGCUAGCGUUGCCCAUGAAGGAUCUUCUGUGGAAACAAGCGCAGAACUGGCAGGUCAAGAAGUUAAUUGUCUUACUUACAUUCCUGGUCAUGGUUGUAUUUUAGCUACAACCACCUGCACAGUGGCGUUAUUACAGCAGUUUAUUGGUGGGAAAAACGCAUUACAUGUCAGGUUCCUUAGAACAAGUCAGGGGUGGCUUGGAGGUAUAGGACGUAGAAUGACCUCUCUUAUUUUUGGAGCUAUGCCUCAAUCCCAGUUACAGAAACGAAAUUAGUAACAAGUUGCUUGUACAACUAUGGAAGACAAAGGGUCCAGAGUUCUCAUUUUAGCGUUCAUCUUACAGUAUUGGUCUUUUCCUCGAAAUGAACAGGAGAAAAUGGAAUUUGGAGAUAUUGGACAUAUUAUUUCACAAAUAUUUCAACGGGAAUCAAAUGAAUACAAUCCUCAAAAUAUGGAAACUUGGUGAUUCGAUAUUGCAGCCGUUGUGACGAAGGAAUAGAUUUUAAUGGCAGCGCAGUGUACAACUGCAUCGCCCUUAAUUCAUUUUGCUCUUGGUUUAAUACAAUUAUCUGGUACAACGUUAGCACACACGUUUAAAUGGUUCAUACCAGUUAAAACUGAUCUUCUCUUUUUUUACCACAACGAUAUAGAAUCAAUUUUAGUUUCGUACCGUUUUAUAUUAUGUGGAUGGGAAGCCAUUAUAUAUAAUAAGACUGUUCUGUUAGUUGUGAAUUAUAUGUCAGAUCAUAAAUGGGAUAAGAUAGAUCUAGUACGAGGAGAAGAUGAUAGUAUCCUUGGUGGUGCCUUAUGUUCAGGAACUCCAGUUUUGUUCACUAAAAAUUUUGGAUUGGUUUCCAUUGUACCGACAGAUUUUACAUCUCAAGAUUUGAGCAUAAGUUACGCCGAUAAUAUUAAUACGAGUACAGAUUAUAAUUACCGAAUUAAUUCAACCGCACAAAAUUUCACUAGUCUCAACAACGAAGAAGUUCAGGAUAUGUAUUAUAGUUCUGACAGCACUACACUGCGUGCUGCGUUUCUUCUCAGCCUCCGUCAAAAUAAAGCACAGUGUGAAGAAAUAUUGUCUCCUUUUCCUGUACAGGAAGAGCCAGUGAUGGAUAUAGAUGCUACACUCGAUACUCUAGUUUUGAAGUUGCUAAAAGAUUUAAUAGAUGAUUAUCCAGCAAGUCCACGUUGGACAAAUCAUAGAGAUUUAUGUAUUGAAUUCAAUGACAAUAAUGCAGUACUUCUAUGCAAAUACUUAAUCAACUUGGAAGGGAAACUCAAAGCGUUAGACGUAUUCGUAACAUUUCUGAAAGAACAUAAUUUAUGGAAGAGAUUUUGCGCAGUUACAUAUAGAGUAAUUAUGGCAACGCCUCAUGUUCUCGAAGAAUAUGCAGAAAAGAUAGUCGCAGCUAUAACAUAUACAAUCUCCAUAAAUAGAUAGUCUGAUAUCGUGGAUGCAGUAAUAGAACAUACUUUAAGCCCGGAUGCAUACGUAUCAGAUGAGUUAACACCGCGUGAUAUAUUUUAUCGUGAAGCAAGUACGGUACAUCGUUUUCUUCCUACCGUAGUGAAUACUGCAUCAGAAGUAACUCAGUCUGAAAGACCCAUCCAACAAGUAGCACAUUAUAUUAUGCAAGUGAAUGCUAUAUUAUUAGCUAUACUGCACGAAGUGAUUAAAUACCGACAACAUAAUGCUAAACGGUUCAUACCUACAAGAUGCUCAACCGGGAUAACAGAGUAUCUUCCAUGGACAGCAGCAGUUGGAAAACAUGGAUUAAGGAAUUGUCUUACUACAAUGUACAAUUUAACCCUUAAACAUGGUAUCACUGGAACUAAUGAUUCAACGGUUAGAAACGAAUUGUACGAGCAAUUAGUCAGUUACAUAGUAAUAUUAGAUGGUCGUAAGUCUCAUUUAGAAAGUGUUAGAGGAACAGAGAAGUUUGAAAUACAUAAACAGUACGAAACGGAUCGAACAAACUUAAUUAAACCUUUAAUAAAGGAAGAACAAUACGACAGUGCCGCAAUGCUAGCUGAGAAGUACUGUGAUUUUGCCUCUCUUAUACAAAUAUGUGAAUUAACUAACAAUAAAAAUCGUUUAGAUGGAUAUAUAGAAAAAUUUGCAGCUCAAGACUUUGUAGGAUUUUUAUUUUCAUGGUAUGUAAAAGAUGGUCGACAAGGUCAGUUGGUAGAGAAAUGUAGACGCGGAGGUACUGUUGAAUUAGCAGAAAAAUUAGCAGAACAUCCUACACUGUCAUGGGUACAGUCUGCAUUAACAGACGACUUACGUUUUGCUGCUAAUACACUACAUUCUUUAGCAAUCCAGGAAAAUGAAUUGGUAACUCGCAGAAAGUCUAUGCUUUCCUUAGCAAAACUGGCUCUUCUAGCUUCGGACGACCCUGAGGAAGAAGUGAGAGAAUGUGUAAAAAGAAUUAAUAAUGAAUUGGCACUUAUAGCUCAUCAAGAAGAUUUACCAACGCAAGUACUUCAGACAUACGGUUACGAUGUGGAAAAAUUACGUGUAUUUACAUCAACAGAAUUAAUUACGUUAUAUACGUCCGAGGAUAAUGUUGAUGCAAAUGAAUAUGACUUCAAAAAGGCUCUCGAUUUAUUGGAGUAUGUGGAUCAAGAAGAUGAAAAAAUGUCUUUAAAAUACGAAUAUGGGCAACGAUCAGCUAAACGAGAUCAAUGGGAUAACAUAGGAAAGAAUCCGGAACAGCAAGUGCAGGAAACAAUUUUCUUUAAAUUAAUGGAUCUGGCACAUUUCAUGGGUGGUAAAGUAAAUGAAUUUCUCCUCUCAGUUGACAUGUGAUUGACUGCUGAAUUGGGAAGUCUUGCAGCAUCGAGCAACUUUCAGUUUCUCGUUAUUGUGUAUGAGUAUGCGUAAAGCAAUAUUAAUCUACUUGAUCAGUUGUAA